UUUCAAUGUGCUCUCAAGCUGAAUUCAAAGCAUUAGUUCGCGUUGUGGGCUUGUGGCUCAUCUCUAAUACCAAAUUUAGAUUGGAUGAGAAUGGCAAACGACUACACGCCUAUAGACGAGUAUUCCCGUGACCGGCUUGCUAGCUGGCACAGAUGGCAACAGUUAUCUAUGAUGGGCGUGGCUAUUGGGUGUGUUGCCUCUGUUGUGGUUUGUGUCUGCUUGUCAGUCAGCUAUGCUAGAAACGACUUCGACAGACAUCAUGAGCACGUGACCCAACCACAGCUGAUGUCUUUACUCAAUAUAGAUCUGGAUUUGGAUAUUUUAAACAAACUAAAAGCAAAGUAUUCUGGACUGACAGAUGCUAGUCCCCCACCAAGUAAUGAUGCUAAACAACAUAAACAUUCAUUAAAGGGCUUACCCCCUCCUAACACUCCGGACCCACAGGUGGAUCCAGAACCAAGUGAAUCUAUAAAAGGGGAGUUUGAGUAUGGAGCAGUAUCAGUUGAUUCAAUUCCUUGUGCUAAAAUUGGAAAGGAUGUGAUGCUGCGCGGAGGAAACUCUAUUGACUCAGCAGUGGCCACUAUGUAUUGUAAUUCAGUAAUCAACUCCCAGAGUAUGGGAUUAGGAGGUGGAUUUAUUAUGACAAUCUAUCUUGCUAAUGGAACUAGUUUAGCUUUGAUAGCAAGAGAAACUGCCCCUGCUGCUGCAACUAAGGACAUGUUUGAGGGAAAUGCUAAUCUCAGUCAUUAUGGACCUUUGGCAAGUGGAGUGCCAGGAUUUAUUCUUGGAACUUGGGAGUUGAAGCAACGUCUUGGCAAUCCAUCAAUCACAUGGGAAAGUUUACUACAGCCCUCUGUAGAUCUAUGCUUUAAUGGUAUAGAAGUCAACUUCCAUGCUUACCAUAUGAUGCAUCAAGAGAGAGAGAGAAUAUAUGCAGACCCUGGUCUCUCUGCUGUGUUUGUUAAUCCUAAAACUGGAAAAAUAUGGAAUGAGGGAGAUGUUUACACGUAUAAAUCUCUUGGUGAAACUAUUCAAUCUAUUGCAAAGGAGGGGCCUGGUGUUUUUUAUAAUGGACAUAUUGGAGAGAAUAUGGUAAAAGAUGUUCAAGCCGCCGGGGGUAUUCUUACAGUUAAAGACCUUCAAUCUUACAGAGUACAAUGGGAGGAGACUGUGAGUUAUAAGCUGAAGAACAGCGGAUUCACCUUGAUCUCCUCUCCACCCCCGGGCAGCGGGGUGAUCACCAACUCCAUCCUGGCUAUCAUGGACCUUUACAAACCUUCUCCAAUGGAUAAACAUAGGCCUCUACUCUGGCAUAGGUUUAUUGAGGCUUGCAAAUUUUCUUUUGCAAAGAGAACCGAGAUGGGAGACUGGACUUAUGCACCAAUUAGGGAUGAAGUGAAGCAGAUUGUGAAGGAUCUGUCAAGUCAUCAUCAUACAAUGAAAAUAAAAGAGAAGAUCAAUGAUUUCCAGACCAGCCAGGACCCAGAGUUUUAUGGAGCUAAGACAACCUUCGAAGAAGAUCAUGGAACUUGUCAUCAUUGUUUCCUUUCACCUCAGGGAGAUGCCAUCUCAGUGACUGCUUCUGUGAACCUGAUCUGGGGCUGCAAGUUUAUGUCCCCAAGCACUGGUAUUAUCAUGAACAAUCAGAUGGAUGACUUUGCUUCACCCAACAUUACCAGUGCCUAUAAUGUCCCGCCUGCCCCGAACAACUUUAUCUACCCGGGUAAACGACCGAUGAGCAGUAUGUCCACCACCAUCGUAGUUGACGACCAGGGACGAGUUGUUGCUGUUGCUGGAGCUAGCGGUGGAACUAAGAUUAUAUCUGCAACAGCACAGGUGUUGAUGAAUGUUCUCUACCUGGGUAAGGAUGUUAAAGAAGCUGUUGAUGCACGAAGACUUCAUCAUCAACUGUUCCCAAUGAACCUAAAUUAUGAAGAUGGAACCACUACGUGGAUAAUUGAUGCAUUGAAGGGAUACGGACACAAUAUGACGUAUUCUAAAUACAGGGUGGGAGGUGCAGCAGUACAGGCUAUCGUAGUAGACCCUGAAACUGGGUCUAUAACUGCUAAUGCUGACUUUAGAAAAAGGGGGGCGGUGGACGGAUUCUAAUAUUGUUAAAUAUUUGUUGCUAUAUUUUAUAUUUUUGCGGGUCAAAAUUCAAAAAAUCUAAUAAAGUCUCGAUUUGAAUUUGAGUAGAAGUGAUUUUGUUUUGUAAAAUUGUUUAGUGUAAUAUAUAAUGUAAAUAGUUUAAUAAAAUAAAGUAUUUAAAAAUA